UCUUAAUCGCGAACGCAGUGGCUGUCGCUCAGCUCCGGCGUUCGGCUGCUGCUCGGCCCCCAGCUCUCAGCGCCGCAACAGUCGCCGCGUCGGCGCUGCCCCGGGGACUCCCGUGCUUGGCGCGAAGCCCUGGCCCCGGCGGCCGGGACAUGGGCCAGGGGCGCGGGGUAAGGCGGUUUUCCGCAGGGCGGUGACCUGCUCCGGCUUCGGUAUGAAGACCCUCAUAGCCGCCUACUCCGGGGUCCUGCGAGGCACCGGCUCCAGCAUCCUCUCUGCCCUCCAGGACCUCUUCUCCAUCACUUGGCUCAACAGGUCCAAGGUGGAAAAGCAGCUACAGGUCAUCUCGGUGCUACAAUGGGUCCUGUCCUUCCUUGUGCUAGGAGUGGCCUGCAGUGUCAUCCUCAUGUACACGAUCUGCACCGAUUGCUGGCUCAUCGCUGUGCUCUACUUCACCUGGCUGGUGUUUGACUGGAACACGCCCAAGAAAGGUGGCAGGAGGUCAGAGUGGGUCCGAAACUGGGCUGUGUGGCGCUACUUUCGGGACUACUUUCCUAUUCAGCUGGUGAAGACACACAACCUGCUGACUACCAGGAACUAUAUCUUCGGGUACCACCCCCACGGCAUCAUGGGCUUGGGUGCCUUCUGCAACUUCAGCACAGAGGCCACAGAAGUGAGCAAGAAGUUCCCUGGCAUAAGGCCUUACCUGGCCACGCUGGCUGGCAACUUCCGGAUGCCAGUGCUGAGGGAGUACCUGAUGUCUGGAGGCAUCUGCCCUGUGAACCGUGACACCAUAGACUAUUUGCUUUCAAAGAAUGGGAGUGGCAAUGCCAUCAUCAUUGUGGUGGGGGGCGCAGCCGAGUCCCUGAGCUCUAUGCCUGGCAAGAACGCGGUCACCCUGCGCAACCGCAAGGGCUUUGUGAAACUGGCCCUGCGCCAUGGAGCUGACCUGGUUCCCACCUACUCCUUUGGGGAGAAUGAGGUGUACAAGCAGGUGAUCUUUGAGGAGGGCUCCUGGGGCCGAUGGGUCCAGAAGAAGUUCCAAAAGUACAUCGGCUUUGCCCCGUGCAUCUUCCAUGGCCGAGGCCUCUUCUCCUCUGACACCUGGGGACUGGUGCCCUACUCUAAGCCCAUCACCACUGUCGUGGGGGAGCCCAUCACCAUCCCCAAGCUGGAGCACCCAACUCAGCAGGACAUUGACCUGUUCCACGCCAUGUAUAUGGAGGCCCUGGUGAAACUCUUUGACAAGCACAAGACCAACUUUGGCCUCCCGGAGACCGAAGCCUUGGAAGUGAAUUGAGCCAGCCUCAGAGGCCAGCUCCUGGGAGGAACCAGCUACAUUUUCUACUAAGUUUUUGAGUGCUUUUUGUUCUGUACAUUUGGAAGCGUCAUGGGUGUUUGUGGGUUAUUUAAAAGAAAUUAUAAUAAUUUUGUUAAACCACUACAAUGUUAGGUCUUUUUUAAGAAGGAAAAAGUGAAUAUUUCAAACUCUUUCACUCCCAGCUUGUCCUGUUCUAGGUGGUGGCUAACACAUACGGGUUUUUAUGGUUUCUCAACCAACCCCUCGUCUUCCCUUUCCAAAAUGACAGAGGAAAUUCCGUCCUGGUUAACUGGGGAAGGACAGCCACUAGUGACUCCAGUCCACUAGAUUAUUUGCUCUUUGCCCUGCAUGAUGAGGGGCAGAAGCCACCUGCACUCCCAGCUCCCCGACAGCUGACUGCAGGACUAGUCCCUCUUACCAAGGGGAAGACUUCCUACUCUUCACCUUGAGCAUGGGGACAACUGUCCCCAUUUCCAAGAGGGCAGUGAUGAGCAUCUGGAACGCUCCAGCUUGCUUCUCCUUUCUGCCACACCCUGUACCACCAGCCUUUCAAAUCUGAGCCUAGACUGGCCUCCAGAGCAAGAAUGGGGGUGGCGUGAUCACAUGCUGAGAAACAGGGCUGUUCCAGACACACCAUCUCUUGGACUACCCAGCCACCAUGCUCUGGUUGGAGUAACUGGUUUUCCAUGGGGGGCUGAUGACGUGGACCGAGCACAGACCCAGCCUUGGCCUGAAUCACAUAUCUCCCAGUGGCCUCAGUUUGUAUCACCCACACCCACAAGUGUGAGUCUGAGGAAGGGUCCCUCUUCCUGUUCACAGAGGGGCCUGGCCAAAUUGGUUCCAGAACAGGAAGCCCCAGAACCCAAGCCUCACAUAUUUGUGCCUUUCAGAGAGGUGCGGGCCAGGAGGAAAUCCAGCCCCUCCUGUUCUCUCUUGAUGAGAGCGUUGUACCAUGUCAGGAUUUAUUUGUAUAUUCCUGAAAGAAUAAAUGAAAACAAAGAGUC